UCACACACACAUACACACACACAGACGCACACACACACACUUACUCACUCACCCUCAGACAGGAAAGAUUCUCCUUCAAACCAGACAGCACUUUGCUGCUCUCUCUCUCUCUGGCUCUUUCCCUCCGUUAGCAGGUGUUAGACAGAAACUCAUAAAAAAGACUCGAGGAGAGGAGGAAAAGAGUGUGAGGAAAACAGAGCGAAAAAUGAGAUAGAAUCUGAAUCAAGAGUGGUCAGAGAAAAACAGAGAGAGAGAGAGAAUGAGAGGGGAAAUAUGAGUGAAAGAGAGGCAAGCUGGAAGAGGGAUCUGCAUUUUAAGUAGCUAGAGACAGACAGCGAUUGUUUUUUUAUGUUUUAUGCCUUUUUUUCUCUCCUCCACUCCUCCUCCUCCUGCUCCUGCUCCUUGUCUGAGGCUGAACAGAGGGGAUCAGAAGAAAAGGAGCUGGGACUCGGACGGAUAAUCUCACCCAGUUUCCCUGCCCAAGCGUCCCGCCUGCGGAAGGCAGCAGCAGCGGCGGCGUCUGAAGAGGAACAGAAAGAGAGGGAGCGAGGGAAAGAGAGAGCGAGAGAGAAAACCAGGAGGAACACAAGGCAGUCAUGGAUACCAUAGUGCCUCAGCCAGACACUUGGAUGGCCCGGAUUUGCACAUUGUCGUUGGCUUCUGUCCAGCCCAGCAGCUACUGAUACCAAUGAGCUCCCAUGCAGUGUCUCAGCCAUGCACCCUGGGUAUGGAUUCUCCCCUCUGCCUGACUUCCAGCCUCACCUCCACGCCUUCCACUGCCGCCGAGAGGGCCCCGACAUGUGGAUCCCGGGCUCAGGCGAGCCCCAGGCUUUGAGCGAGCCCCGGGAGGGAAGGCCCCUGAUCCGGCAGCGCCACCAACACCAACACCACCAGCAGCAGCACCACCACCACCAGCACAUCGCCGUGUGCCAGCAGGAGACUCUGGCCUUCAUCGACUUGCCCCCGGCCGACACCAAUGGCUACUUGGCCUCGCUGGACGCGCCGUCGCGCUUGGUUGCCUGCCCCAGGCCGCCGAACAGAGACUCAAAGGGCUCGGCCGCAGCAGGCCUGUGCCGCAAGAGCAGCAGCAGCAGCAGCAGUGGCGAUGCCGCCACGGACACGGAGCCCAACCACGAGGGCUCGGACUCUGGCCUGGACGUUCGAAACAGCCACGCAGAAACGCUUCACGCCGACAAGUCGGACGCGGAGAGCCCCGUGCUGGGAAUCCUGCGGGCCCCCAAGACACUGUUCCUGCCCCUCAACCCCUACCCUGGCGCUGGGGACGUGUUCGAUCCCCAGCAGCCUGGCUCUCCGUCCUCUCCCGCGGGCUCGGAGGGGCAGGACCAGUGGCGCCCCCACAGACGCUUGUCUCCGAGCUCCGUGAAGGAGAAGUCCAUCCGGCGUAAGAUGCGCGUGUACUCCAGGGACAGCCUGAGCGACGAGUCUCUGAGCAGCCCAGGGCUGGAGUGCGACUACCUCUUCCCCGGCUCCUUCGAGUCCUUCCUGGAGGAGGAGCUGGGCACAGUCGGGUCCACCCUCUCCCGCCCACUCUCAGGCCUCUCCUCCACCGAUGUGUCCAGUGGCGCCCCCACGCCCCCGCCACUCUCCUUGGCCGCCUCCUCGUCGCAUCUCCCUGAGGUGGACACCGUCCAGAGGGAGGCCUCCAUGGAGUCCGUGCUGACCCCUGGAUCAGGAGGAGGAGGAGGGUCACUCCUGUUUCACCCUCGCACUCAGACUUCGGUCGUGGCGGACCCCGAGCGCAGGCGCUUCUCGGCCUCGGAGCUCAUCUCCCGGCUCCAGCUGUCCCAGAGGAAGAACUCCUUCACGCUGAAGCUGGGCAAGUCGCUGUCCGCCCGCGUGGCCUCGCGGGACCGCCAGCCCGCUGGCUACCUCAGCGCUGACUAUAGACCCAGCUCCAAGCAGCGCUCGUCUGGGGGGUCCACAGACAGCGCGCCCCACAGCCCAGUGGGCUCUACUCCCACACUGCCCUCUGCUGACUGGAACCCGCCACUGCAGCGCCGCAGUGGCAAGCACAGCAUGAGGAAAGACUCCAUCGAGGAAGAUGGCGAUCCCCAUGCUAACAUGCGCAGCACCCACCGCUUGUCUCGCUUCAUGCCAAGCUCCAUCCUGUACCAGGAGUACAGUGAUGUGGCCAUCAAUCGGGAGAUCCAGCGACAGCAAGGGGCGGAGCCUGGCACUGAGGAGUACCGCACGGGAGACACUCCGUCUCCUAGCAACCUGUCCCCAUCCAGCUCCUUCCGCUCGUCCCGGGGCUCGGCGUUCUCACUGUGGCAGGACAUUCCGGACGUGCGCACCAGCGACCAGCUGGACAACUUCAGCAACGAGGAACGCAAACUGCAAGAGGCCAAGUUUGAACUGGUGACGUCCGAGGCGUCGUACAUCCGUAGUCUGACCAUAGUGGUGGACCAUUUCAUGAUGUCCCAGGAGCUGGCUGAGUGUCUGGGAGUGCAGGACAGGCAAUGGCUCUUCUCCAAACUCCCUGAAGUCAAGGACGUCAGCGAGAGGUUCCUGCAUGAUCUAGAACAGAGGUUAGAAGGGGACAUUCUACGCUUUGAUGUAUGCGACAUCGUCCUGGAUCACUGUCCAGCCCUGCGCAAGGUCUACCUCCCCUAUGUCACCAACCAGGCCUACCAAGAGCAGACCUAUCAGCGGUUACUGCAAGAGAACCCGCGGUUCCCUGGUAUCCUGGCCCGCCUGGAAGAGGACCCCAUCUGCCAGCGGCUCCCUCUCACUUCCUUCCUCAUCCUGCCCUUUCAGCGGAUCACCCGGCUCAAAAUGCUGGUGGAGAACAUUCUGAAGAGGACAACGCCUGGCUCGCGAGAUGAGGACACAGCCAUGAAGGCCUUUAACGAGUUGAAAAAGCUCAUAAAGGAAUGCAACUCCAGUGUGCAGUCAAUGAAGAGGAUGGAGGAACUUAUUCAUCUCAAUAAGAAGAUUCACUUUGAGGGCAAGAUCUUUCCCUUGAUCUCUCAGUCUCGCUGGCUGGUAAAGCAUGGUGAACUGCUGGAGGUGGACACGCAGACCAUGAGUAUAUCCGGGUCAAAGUUCAAGCUGCCCACCCGGCCCGUUUACCUGCACCUGUUCAACGACUGCCUUCUGCUCUCCCGGAAGAAGGACACUUGGAAGUUCAUGGUGUUUGUCCAUGCGAAAAUCGCAGAGUUGCGAGUGAAGGAUCUGAGUCAGAAACUGCAGGGCAUCACCGGCUUCCUCUUCUAUCUGCAGCUGUACGACGGUCAGCAGCUCAAACACCAGAUCCUGCUCAAGUCCCACACUGAGAGCAAUAAACAGAGAUGGAUCUCUGCCAUGGUUCCUUCUGAAGCAAAGACCUCCCUCGAACAGGCCAUUGAGAAUGAUGAUAUUUCUCAGGUUCAGUGUAUAAAGAGUUACCAGGCUCAAGAACACGAUGAGUUAACACUGGAGAAGGCUGACAUCCUUCAAGCCAAGACCAUUACAAGUGAUGGCUGGGUGGAGGGAAUAAGACUGUCUGACGGUGAGCGGGGCUGGUUCCCCAAGAGCUACGUGGAGGAGAUCACAAAUCGCAGCGCUCGCUUGCGCAACUUGCGAGAGAACAUUCGCAUCAAGUGUGUCACCCAGAAACUGGAGGAGGAAAUCCUGUGAGAAGGAUCCCCAUUGACACCCUCAACCUCAUCCUCCACAGCCUUGCCAAUGACUAGCUGCUCUCUCACACACACGCACACACACAGAUAAACACACACACACACUCUCUCUCUCACACUCACAAACCAAGACAAGCUAAUUAGGUCUUCAUAUAAAGGCUCAUCCUUUGCAAUAAGAGCUCAUAUUCAACAAGAUAGAGUCACAACAUGAAGUCCACUCAGUGAGGAAACUUAGUGGGAGCAAUGAUUUCCUGCAUCAGCUCGAGCAAAACCAUGGAAACCACUCUUUUUGCAUGCGGUGCAGUAGGACUAUUAAAUAUCUUGCUGUUGCUGUCGCUUAGGUAGGUGUACACCUUGGGGGGCAGACACUGGAGCUAAGAAUCUUUGCCUAUCCAGGUUACCUGACAUCAGCUUGGUAAUCAUAUUACUCUGGUAUGAGACGGGGAAGACAUUCAUGUCCUACAAUUGCUUUGAUUUUCUGUUAUUAUGUAAAAAAAAUCUAAUCAUUAAGGACUCAUUUAAUGUGUAGCUUUAGGGAAAUGUGGUACGCAGAAGAACACACUGUAUUUCUGCAGCUGUUGCAUGGAUCUUUGGCCUUGGUGCUUUUGUUUUUCUGCCAUGCCUGUCCCCACUACUUAAAACACAGGCUGUGUUGUUCAUCUUGCAUGGCUGUUGCAUCUCAAGCAAAAGAGAUUUCAUGACACACCUCUAGUACAAAAGAACCUGAUCAAGAUGGAUCUAAUGUAGAGAAAUGUGUAUGACACUGAGGCUGAAACCACCUGAUCAGUCCAUGAAAUGACCACUCCUAGGAUGCUUUAAGAAGUCAUACAAUGGUAUAGUCUACUCAGAGAUACACUAAGGUAAAUGCCUAUAUUCUGCAUAGUGUCAAGUUUUGUUGAAGAAAAGACAUUCCAAUGGCACGUUUUUCUUUUUACAACACGUUAUUGUUAAUUUAACAUGUUGCUUUUGCACCAUGGAUAUUUGUAAAUGUUCCCACAGAUGCUUUUCAUCAUUUGAGAUGAGUUCCUUUAAAGUCUGUAGAUGUACUUACAUAAUAGAUAUAGCGAUUAAGUUGCAGGUCAAAUUAUACCCAUUAUUUAUGAAUAAAGAAAGUUUCAACCAUGCCAAGCUGAUAUUUUUGUAAUUUUGACAAGGGAGUCAAGCACUAAAUGAUCAAAUGCUGAAUGUGUUCCAUUAUUAACUAACGAUGACAUGAAUUCUACAUGCUCAGCUGUGUCCAUGUAUCAAUAGCACAUACAAACUUUGCAAUAAAUGCAGAUACAAUAAA